AGUGCGAAGAAAGCAGAGCAGUCUAAGUUUUGGUCUGCGAACUUGUCACAUAGUGUCAAAAAACAGACAGUUUUUUGCCUUCAUAAUCUCAACAAAUACUAAUUUAUUGCUAUUGUUUAAACAAAUGACAAAUGUUUUUUUUAUUAAAAACAUCGAACACUUUCCCACCGCUGAACAUCUGGCCUUUUUCCGACGCUGUGGCAGCACCGAUGCUUGUCCGCCAUGACACAAAGCAAAAAGCGGUGGAAGAAGAAGCAGAGCAGCGAAACGAAAAAAAUAUGUGCAAGCAAAUCUCACGAAAGAAAAUGAAAUUUACUGCACUUGCAGUUUGUGAAAUGUAAACAAAAUAUGUGUAUUCGGGAGACGAGACAAUAAUACGUAUUUUAGUGCAAUUUUUACUUGUCCCACAACCAACUGAAUGCGUGAAAAGAUGAAGCGAAAAUACGAUAUCAAUUGCGUGCUGCAGCAGAAGCAGCAACAAAAUCUGUGUUUGUUGUAGCUAUACAUGUAUAUAUAUAUGUACAAAUAUAUACAUAAUAAAAAAGAGAGUCCGGCGGAAAAUUGGCAAUUGCGUUUAUGCAAAUGAGAAACUACAGAGCGCCCCGCAAAUAAGUUCCGAUCGCGUGCAUAAAUUAAUUCAAAGCCAGUCCCGCGCGCCACACACGAAAAGUGUGAAGGAGGUGAGAGAAAGAGGCGCGAAAAAUUCGCAACAAAAUGGUUGUCUCAAAAGACAACAAGCGUCGCCGCAAGGAGACGGAUACUCCGCCACCAGCUGCCGCGGCAACGGCAUCCACUGCUGCUGCUGCUGUGGAGUCGUCACCCGAAAUGCCCAAGAGAACCAAGGUGCAGGCCCAGCGGAAGUUCGCCCAGGGACAGAGUGCGCCCAGCAGCUCAUCGAGUGGCAUGGCCUACAGCAGCGUCGUGGCAGCAGCGGCUGGAGCUGGAUCGGGAGCCGGAGGAGCAGGCACUGGUCCAAGCACUUCGGGUGCGGAUAGUUCGCAGCCGCCCAUCGAGAUACUGCCCAACAAGUGUCCCAAGCCGCAGGAUUUCCUCACGUUUCUAUGCUUUCGCGGCACACCCGCCCUGCCCGCUCAUCUCGACUAUCUGAAUCAGGGUAAAUCCAAGGAUUCCAAAGAAUCCGAAGCAACGACUACAACUCCGGCCCACAACAACAACAAUAACAGCAACAAGAAGGCACAGAACAGUCGAGCGGUCAACAACAAGAAGAAACGCGGCAGGCCGGCCAAGGGAGCGGCGGCAACAGCAGAGAAGAAGCCAGAGGUUGAGCUGGACCCACGGCCACCAGCGGGGGCUGAUAAGUCAUCAUCAACAGCAGCAGCAACAUCAGCAGCAGACAAAGCAGCAAGUGAUAAACCCAAUCUCAUACCAGCAGCAGGGGCUCCAACGACAGCGACGACGACGACGACAACUCCACUGCUUCCCGGAGCUGUACGGAAGCGAGCCGAAGUUGUUACCGAUGGCAAUCGACGUGGCGCCAGGGGCAGGGCAGCACCUGAGAACACCAGCAACAGCAACAGCCAGGGUGCCGCCGCCACAUCAUCCACCGCAGCAGCAGACACCAACAAGCGCCGUUCAAACCGUUCCAGCACCAAGGAGAGCAAGGCCAUAAUCGAUGAUCAGGCGGAUGAGGAUGGGGAUGAGCAGGAGGAUGGCCAUGAGGAUGAGGAGGAUGACGAUGAAUACUUUUCAGCCCACGAUGCCACCUCCCGUAAUGGUGAUGAGACCUCAAAGGAGGGGCCAGCGAAGGCAGAGCCUGCCAAAAGGGGGCGACCCGCAACAGCAGCAGCCAAGAAACCAUCAGCGGAGCCUUCGUCCGUGGCCGUUGCGGAGAUUGCGCUCAAGGAAAAGGGUCCCGUGAAGCGGGUGAGGCAACGGGAAUCGCCCAUAUUCAUACCCUCGCCAGAGUCCUCUGGCCGAAUGACGCGACAGCGGGCUUUUUUCGAGCCCGUCAAGGUGCCACCUCAGCAAGAGGAGCCGGAAAAGGCGAAAGAAGACUCCAAGAAGAAGAAGGAGAAGGAUUCAGAGGUGCCCAAGGAAGCAAAGGGAGAGCCAGAUGCAGAACAGGAGCCGGCCAAGCAGCUGAAGGAGACAAAGGAGAAGACAAAUUCUAGUAUUUAUGCCAAAGAAGCCAAACAGAAGCAGCAGCCGCAGCAGCAGCAGCUGGAGAACGGCGACAGUCAACAUGGCUCCGGCAGCAAGGGUAAAAAGAGUUUGAACGUCUUCGACUUCAGUUCCGACGAUGAGCAGCCGCUCGCCAAGUCCAUAAAGCUGAAGAAGGGCGCCAAGGGGGCCAGUCCCAAGAAGGGGAAUGCAGCUGCUCCUCCUCCACUAACGGCCAGGAGUCGCAAAGCGGCCACCAAGAAGCAGGACAAAGAGAAGGAAAAAGAGGAGGAAAAGGAGAAGGAGAAAGAGGUUCCAGUGGCAGCCACAAUCGCAGCGACAGCGGAGCCAAACAAACGCGGUGCGGCCAAGGCGGGGAAAAAGAAAGCCGAGGAUCCACCAGCCGAUGAACAGGAGCUGGCGCCACCCUGCCCAAAGAAAGCCACGACGACAGCCCGCCCGGGACGAAAGACAGCCAAGAGCAAAGUCCCAGUCGAAGAGGCAGCCGCUGUUGAGGCGGAACCACAGCCACAGCGAUCGCAGCGACCCUCACGGAAGACCAAGGAGGCGGCGGCCAUCUACAUGGGCAUCAUAGGCCACAAGCUGCAGAUGGCCGACGACGACGAUGAUGAUCUGUCGCUGAGCAGCUUCCCGGACAUACCCAACGUCAAGGAGAUGGAGAAAAUGGAGAAGGAGAUCAAAAGAAAUGCGGCGGGAAAGUUGAACGUGCCCGAGGCAACGACGGUGCCAACGGCAGGUAAACAAUCGCGAAAGCCGUCGCCCAAACCACCUCCAAAGGGGGAGGCAGCAGCAUCAGCCGCUGUGUCAGAAGUGGCCCGAGCAGAUCCGCCCUCCCCACCCGAGUCGGAGGAGGAGAAGCCACCGCCUCCGGCCAGACGCGGUCGACCCCCAAAGCAGGGAAAGGCAGCUGCUGCUGCGCCACCCGCCCACGCCAAACCCCCCAUCGAGGGGAUGCUCGUGAAGAAGGGCUCGCUGACAAAGAUGAGCGAACAGGCGAAGCCCAAAGCCAAGUCCGAACAGUCAAAGGUCGACUCCGACGAGGAGGAAGACUUUCUAAUCAACGAGGAGCUGAACGAAACGAAACGCAAUCUGGAGAAGAGUUUCAGCGACUCGGAUGAUGAGCCACUGGCCAUCAAGGUGCCCUGCGUGCCCAAAGGCGGCAGCCAGGAGAAGGAUAAUCAUCCAUUGCCAGUGGCCGCCAAGCUAUCAUCCACCACCGCCCCCCACCGCCCAACAGCAAAGCUACCUGCAGUUCCAUCUGGCACCACGGCGACAGCGACAACGUCAGCGGCGGUUCUUCCCUCAGUGGUCGUCCAAUCGAUGCAGCUGCAGAUCCAGGCGCCCAUAAUUCCCCCCCUGACCACACAGCAGCUGGCGAUGCUGCCGCUGACCACCAAGGCGGCGACCCCAAUGGUAACGCCAACGCUGACAACACUGCCCCUGCCCAGUGGCAUCCAGGUGGCCGCAGCCAAUUGCAUCUCCAUUCCCCCGCUGAACUAUACCCCGCUGAAGGCCAUGGAGAAGAAGUCGCCGGUGCCGACAUCAAAGAUUCUCAAUGUACCCGCCACCUAUGCCCUGCCCGGAGGCAGUGCAGCAGCCGCAGUGGCUGUGGGCUUCCAAAAGACAUCCUCGUAUCUGCCGCAGGCAUCGCCGCAUUACCAUUCCGGCUAUGUGCGUCCUCCACCGACGCCCUCGCAUCCGUUUGGCUCUGGGGGAGGACCCUCUGGCAGCAAGACUCCUGCACAGGGAUCGUCGACGUCAUCGCCACUGAAAUACCAGACACCGCCCACCACCUAUCCACCACCCAUUGAGGCCUACCAGUGCCCCAAGAUCAAUCCGAACUUUCUCACCCCGAAAUACGAGCGGAGUCCACUGCCACCCCGAUCCUCGGCCUCGAGCAACUUUCCCACACCCUCGCCGGUGAAGUUUCUGCCCACGCCAACGUCCACGACGGUGGGCACGGGUACGGGCACCGCCUCCUCGUCGGCCACCAAAAGUCCCCUGGCACCGCCCACGCCUGCCACGCCACCAGUCGGCACAUCCGCCAGCCAGCCAGUGGUGUUGCAGACGACCAGCCUCAGUUUGAGCACAGCGACAGCCCCGACGCCAAGUCCGGCACCAGCGCCAGUGGCCUCAACGUCUGCGGCGGCCGCACAGCAAGCCAGCGCAGCAGGAGGCGCCCCAACGUCAACGCCAACGCCACCGCCUGCCCACAGUAACAGCAAUGCGGGCGGCAGUGGGGACCCCCUGAAGGACGAGAUUGGCAGCAUCCUGGCGCAGGCCACGCUGAUGCCCAGCAAGGAGGAGUCCGGCAAGAUCUUUGGGAUAGCCAGCGUGAGCCUGGCCCAGAGCUCUGGCCCCGACAACACCAAGUGCACGCUGGGCAAGUGCGGAUCCAUCCACAAGCCCGUGCUGGGCCCAGUGGUGCCCACCGAGGGGUACUUUGGGGACCAGCUGACCAGCAAGGAGCGGCGCAAGGCCAAGGUGAAUAUGACGCACGAGCAGAUCCAGAAGUGGCUGAUGGAGUGCUCCUCCAAUCCGGAUGAGAUACUCCAAGACGAUCUGGACGAUGAUUUCGACGACAAUAUGCGGGUGCAGCAGUCGACCACGCCGCCACCGACGCGAGAUGAAAAGGAGCUGAGCGCCAGCUUCUCGUCCUCGUCGAAGAACACGCGGGGGGGAGAUCUCGGCAAGAGCGAGAGUGCCUGGUCGGCCAAGGGGCCUUCUUUGAAGGCCACGCCCGUUGUGGUGACGCCCUCCAGUCGCAAGGAACAGGAGCAGGCCGACUGUGAUGUCCUGGACUGCGAGAAAUCAUCGACGCCCGUGAACCUCACGCAGAAAUCGGAGUCAGCGGCGGACAAGACAGCGGCUGCUGACAAGAAAUCGUUAAUCGAGCGCAAGACGAAGGAAUCUGUCCGAUCCAGAGCCCCUCCUCUGCCACGCAGUGCUGCUACCACGCCCUCAACGCCCACGCCAACGCCCACUCCCGUCACCCCCACCAAGAGCAUGCCACCAACACCGCCGCCGCCUGCUAGCAGCCAGCAGAAAGGCAACAAGGGGAAAAAGAAUGCCACAGCCGCAGCAGCAGCAGCAGUUUCUCCCCCACCGCCACCUCCACCCACGCCCAAGCGGACGACAGUGUACAACCAGAAGGGGAGCAAGGCCACGGCCCAACAGCAGGCGGAGACGAAGCAGCCGUCACCUGUGGCUGCGCCCGUGGCAGCAAAGCGAGGAAGCGAAUCUAUUUAUGCCUUCGGCAAGGAAGAGGAGACCACUUCGGGCACCAAGCCAGGCAAUCGACGUCGCGUGGAGCCCACUCCGACGCCACCGCCAGCGUCUCCAGCACCAGUGCCGAAUGCAUUGAGUGAGCGAUCGCCGACCAAGAAGCGGGCAGCAGCCGCUGCAGCGGCCACAGCAGUCCAACUGACGCUCAGUCCCACCGAGAACUGCAAGAUUGAGGGAUCGAAACCCAAGACAGGAGCAGCCAGGGCAGCCAAGAAGCAGCAACAACAGCAGCAGCAGCAGGUGGCUCCUCCUCCACCAGUUGCAGCAGUGGAGCCGAGCGGCGACUCGGAUCCCGAGGGAGCUACUUUCUACAUACCCCUGCAGGGAGCGGGGGUCGGUGGCAGUGGCGAAGGCGGCAUCCAGGGUGUGGCCGUCAAGCUGGGACGCGAGGGCCCCGACGGACCCAACCAGAAAGUGGUGAUGCAGGCGACGCUGGUGACCAAGGCCCAGAUGGACACCAAUUCAAAGCCGCUGCCCGAGUCGCUGAACACGAAUGAGCUCGUGAAGACGCUCUUCCAUGCGGCAUCCAACAAUGAUGCCGCCUCGACAACCAGCCUGAAGAGCCUGCCCAAGGCCAGCACCUCAGCGGCAGCUGGAGGUGGAGGUGGAGGCGGAGUCACCGGCGGAGUGGGUGCCUCAUCAAGUCUGGUGCGCGUCAAUUCCAAUUCGUCGCUCUUCUCGGGCUCUGCCAAGUCACGAACAGCGGCCCAGACAAGUUCUACGGCGGCGGCCGUGGCCAAGAAGUACAAGGAUGAUACACCCAUCAAGAUGGCCAAUAAUACGGCCUUCCCCAGGCACGAUGAUCCCACCCAAAUGGUGGAGGCACCCAUUUUCCGUCCGACGGAGAAGGAGUUUGCCGAUCCCAUCGAGUUCAUUGAGCGGAUCACACCGAUUGCGGCCAGGUUUGGGAUCUGUAAGAUCAUUCCACCAGCUAGCUUCAAGCCAGAGUGUCGGAUAUCGGACGAGAUGCGGUUCACGGCGUACAAUCAGUACGUGCACAAGAUGCUGCAUCGGUGGGGGCCCAGUGCCAAGGAGUUGAGUGCCAUCAAGAAGUACCUGGCCACCCAGAGCAUUACGAUGAAUCAUCCGCCCUGGAUUGGGGGCAUGGAGGUGGAUCUGCCGCGACUCUAUCACACCGUCCAGGAACUGGGCGGCCUCAAGGAGGUCAUCGAGAAGAAGAAGUGGUCGCGGGUGGCCGAGGAAAUGUGCAUACCGAAGCUGGCCCAGGACCGGGUGACCAAGCUGGAUGACAUCUACUGCAAGUACCUGUUGCCCUACGACACCCUGUCGCCGGCAGAGCGCCAGAAGCUUUUCGACGAGGUCGAAGCGGACUGGGCCAAGCGGGAGGCCAGAGCCCGACGCAAUGCGGAUCGGUUUGUCAACACGGAGAGCGUCUCGAAUGAGGAGGAUGACCUGAGCAGCGACGAGGAUGAAGAGUCGGAGGAGGAGAUAGAUGGCGUGUCCAUGGAGUGCAUUGUCAAGGGCAGGAGCAUGCCCCUCAGCCAGUUCUAUCGCAUCGCCAGGAACACCAUGGCCCUGUGGUUCAAGAGCACCGAUCCCACCGUCAACGAGGUGGAGGCGGAGUUCUGGCGCCAUGUCGCCGUCCGCGACAGUCAUGUGUGUGUCCAUUCGGGAUCCAUCGACAGCUCUGGCUGGGGCUAUGGCUUCCCCAGUCCCGGUCCCAAGGGCAAGGGCUCCAACUAUGCCCGCCAUCCGUGGAAUCUCAAGGUGCUCACCAACAAUGCGGGCUCGGUGCUGCGUUCGCUGGGGCCCGUGAUGGGCGUCACCGUGCCCACUCUCCACGUGGGCAUGCUCUUCUCGGCCUGCUGCUGGUACCGGGAUCCGCACGGUCUCUCCUGGAUUGAAUACCUCCACACGGGUGCCUCCAAGCUGUGGUACGGCAUACCCGACGAUCAGAGUGCCAACUUUAGGUCCGCCCUCACGUCGCUGAUUCCAACGCACUGCCAGAACAAGACCAUUUGGCUGCCCUGCGAUACGGUGAUGGUGCCGCCGCAUAUGCUCACGGAUCGAGGGGUGUCUCUGUGCCGCAUCGAGCAGAAGCCGGGCGAGUUUAUUGUGGUUUUCCCCCGGGCCUACACCUCCAGCCUGGCCACCGGCUAUGUGGUCUCGGAGAGUGUCUAUUUCGCCACAAUGUCGUGGCUAGAUUUGGCCAAAGAUGAUUUCAGGGACAUCCAUGAGAGCUGCGAGCCAGCCAUGUUCUCGCUGGAGCAGCUGCUGUUCGCCCUGGGCUAUGACCAGCGCGUCAACUCCGAUACCCUCCAUCAAAUGCUGCCCAUGCUCAACGAGGUCUGUGAGAAGGAAUCUGCAGCGCGAGAGCAGCUUAGAGCCGCUGGCGUGACAUCCACCGAAAAAGUGCAAGCGGAAAAGGGCCAAAAGGCCAAGAAGCAACAACUGCCGCCGCACAAGUCCAUCGAAAGCGAAUGCGAUCUCUGUCGUGCCAAUCUGUACAUAUCCAUGGUACGGACCGAGGACGGGAACGUCUACUGUCUGCAGCAUGCCCUAAAGAACCUCAACAAUGGCAACAUCCAGGCGAAGCAAUGCAAGCUGAUUUACGCGUACAACGUGGACGACAUACAGCAGUUGAUACGCCAGCUGCAGGAGAAGAUACACCACAAGGCGGCCGUGAAGAAAAAGUAGCACCGUCGGCGUCGUUACUAAUCUGGCGGCGCUACCCCACAGAUAAUUAUUAAAUCCAAACGGCAAAAGGAAAAGACGCUGUGUUGUACAUAGACUAUAUAAACGAUAAAAAUGAUGA